CACACUACAAAUCUUCGCCACUACAAUUAACCUGAGCAAAACCCUAACCAUUCCUACUCCGCCUCUCCCUCCCAACCCCUUCCGCCGCCGCCGCCACCACCACCCAGAGAUCCCUCCUCCUCCCCAUGGCCGCCGACGCCGCGACGGCGGCGAUGGCCGCGGCCUCCCUCUGCGACGACCUGGAGCCCGCCACUACCCGCACCCGCAUCCGCGACGUCCUGGCCGCGGGCGCCUCGCGCGCCGGGGACCGCGUCGUGGUGGGUGGGUGGGUCCGCACGGGCCGUGAGCAGGGGAGGGGCGCCUUUGCGUUCCUCGAGCUCAGCGACGGCUCCUGCGCCGCCACGCUUCAGGUCAUAGUCGACGCCGCCGUGCACCCACUCGCGCGCCUCACCGCCACGGGCACCUCCGUGCUCGUCGAGGGCGAGAUCAAGGAGCCGCCCGAGGGGACCAAGCAGAACGUGGAAGUCAAGGUCAGCCGCGUGCUCGAGGUCGGAGAGGUCGACGCCGCUGCCUACCCGCUGCCCAAGGGCAAGGUCAAGCUCACGCUCGAGAAACUCAGGGACGUCGUCCACCUCCGCUCGCGCACCAACACGAUUGGAGCAGUUGCUAGAAUUAGGCACCAGUUAGCCUUUGCAACACACAAGUUUUUCAAUGAGAAUGGCUUUCUCUAUAUACAUACACCAAUAAUAACUACAAGUGACUGUGAGGGUGCUGGUGAGAUGUUCCAAGUUACAACUUUGUUUAGCCAGGCUGAAAAAAAUGAGAAGGAAUUGAAAGAGAACCCUGCAUCAACAGAUUCUGAAAUCGAGGCAGCUAAAGUUCUUGUCCAGGAGAAAGGAGAUGCAGUUGCACAACUUAAAGCUGCAAAUGCUAGCAAACAAGACAUAUCAGCUGCUGUUGCUAAGCUUAUGAGGGCAAAAGAAAAUGUUUCAAAGCUGGACGAAAGGUCUAAAUUAAAGCCUGGGAUUCCACACAGGGAUGACGGGACAAUAGCUUUUGAAAACGAUUUCUUCAAGCGUCAAGCGUUUUUGACUGUGUCUGGACAGCUUCAGGUUGAGACAUAUGCCUGUGCUCUGAGUAGUGUGUAUACUUUUGGACCAACAUUCCGGGCAGAGAACUCACAUACGUCACGACAUUUGUCAGAGUUUUGGAUGGUUGAGCCAGAAAUUGCAUUUGCAAACUUGCAGGAUGAUAUGAACUGUGCAGAAAAAUAUGUACAAUACCUUUGCAAGUGGCUGGUUGAUCAUUGCCGGGAAGAUAUGGAAUUUAUGGUGAAAAAUUAUGAUAAGAGUGCAAUCGAACGUCUAGAGCUUGUUGCCUCAACUUCUUUUGUGCGGAUUUCAUAUACGAAGGCUGUGGAGCUCUUGAAAAAUGUUACUGGCAAGAGGUUUGAGAACAAAGUUGAAUGGGGAAUUGAUUUAGCAUCUGAGCAUGAAAGGUAUUUGACCGAAGAGAUAUUUAAGAAGCCAGUGAUUGUCUAUAACUAUCCGAAAGGAAUAAAAGCAUUUUAUAUGAGGCUCAAUGACGAUCAGAAGACAGUGGCUGCGAUGGAUGUUCUUGUGCCUAAGGUUGGCGAGUUGGUUGGUGGAAGCCAAAGGGAGGAACGUCUAGAUGUUCUCAAGCAGAGAAUACAAGACGCUGGCUUACCUUUGGAGCCCUACGAAUGGUACUUGGACCUCCGCCGCUUUGGGUCUGUAAAGCACAGUGGCUUUGGGUUGGGCUUUGAAAGGAUGAUUCUAUUUGCCACUGGUAUGGAGAACAUCAGAGAUGUUAUACCUUUCCCAAGGUACCCAGGGAGGGCUGAUCUGUGAUCUUUGAAGACCUUUACUAAACAGAUGGGAGGUGAAUUCAACAUGCUACCAAGUGAUUUUGGAAUAUUGUUCACUGUUCUGUUGGUCCUACUUUAGAAAUCAUAUAUAUUGGAGUAUACUGAUACUGUUGUUUGAUGUCCUGCAAUUCUUAGUUUACUUAAUUUGCACCUGCAGAAUGCGAUUGAUCAAUCUUUUGUCUUUGUUAUAUGCGCAACAUGAGCCAAAAGUUUCAGUUUAACACUGUAAGGAAAGUUAGUUUUGUAGGGUAAAGUUGGUAUUGCUUUUACGUAUUCUGUUCUGAAAUAUUGUGUUGCAACA